UCACACCGUCUCUCUCGCUAACAGAGCCCUCUUUUUGUUGUCUAUAUUGUCUUCUCUUCCGCAGCUGCACUUCCACAGUUUCACACUUUCACUUUGCCUUUUGCUCUAUUCUUUUGCUGACAAGAUUUUGUUCUUUUGGACACACACACACAUAAGCCAAGCCAGAACCAAGGCCAUAUAUCAAAUCAAAGAAGAGUCUUUUUUGUUGAAGCGAGAGAGAGAAAAUGGCUCUGAGUUUGAAUUCAAUGAUGAGCUUCCCUUCUCAUAAGUUCUCUUCUAAAUCCAUUAAGCUCGGAUCUCCUAGAGUCUUAAUGGCCUCCACUUUGCACUCUACCUCCAAAGAGGCAGAGAAUCUGAAAAAGCCACAUUUCGCUCCAAGGGAGGUACAUGUUCAGGUGACUCAUUCCAUGCCACCUCAGAAGGUGGAGAUUUUCAAAUCAUUGGAGGGUUGGGCUGAGGAGAACAUCUUGGUGCACCUAAAGCCUGUUGAGAAAUGUUGGCAGCCACAAGAUUUUCUGCCUGAACCUGAAUCGGAAGGAUUCUUUGAGCAAGUCAAGGAGUUGAGGGCAAGAGCAAUGGAACUUCCUGAUGACUAUUUUGUUGUGUUAGUUGGAGAUAUGAUCACAGAGGAAGCUCUUCCAACUUACCAGACAAUGCUUAAUACCCUGGAUGGUGUUCGAGAUGAGACCGGUGCAAGCCCUACUUCUUGGGCAAUAUGGACAAGGGCAUGGACUGCCGAAGAGAAUAGGCAUGGUGACCUUCUCAACAAGUAUCUUUAUCUCUCUGGACGGGUGGACAUGAAACAAAUUGAAAAGACAAUUCAGUAUUUGAUAGGGUCUGGAAUGGAUCCUAAAACAGAAAACAGCCCCUACCUUGGCUUCAUCUACACUUCAUUUCAAGAGAGGGCAACAUUCAUAUCCCACGGGAACACAGCCAGACUAGCAAAGGAGCAUGGGGACUUGAAACUGGCACAGAUUUGCGGCACCAUUGCCUCAGAUGAAAAACGCCAUGAAACUGCCUACACCAAGAUUGUGGAGAAACUCUUUGAGAUUGAUCCAGAUGAUACUAUUUUGGCUUUGGCUGACAUGAUGAGGAAAAAGAUAUCAAUGCCAGCUCACUUGAUGUAUGAUGGACAGGAUGAUAACCUUUUUGAGCACUUCUCAUCUGUAGCCCAGCGGCUAGGUGUGUACACUGCUAAGGACUAUGCUGAUAUUUUGGAGUUUCUGGUGGGAAGAUGGAAUGUAGAGAAGUUGACAGGUCUUUCUGGUGAAGGGCGCAGAGCUCAAGAUUUCGUGUGUGGUUUGCCCCCUAGGAUUAGGAGGUUGGAGGAGAGAGCUCAGGGAAGGGCCAAACAAGCAUCCAUCAUUCCAUUCAGCUGGGUUUUCGGUAGAAAUAUAAUUGUGUAAGUGCAGCAUCAGUCAGCAGUCUCCCCCCAAGUCUCAUCUCAUUAGAGUAAUAGAUAGAAAUUUCCAAUUUGCUCUUCAUUUUACUGUUCCUUGUGUAUUAGGAAAUGGGGUGUGAGUUCUAUUUCAUCUAGGCUUUGUAUAUUCACGUCUUCUUAUGUUUGUCGUGGGAGAUCAUCAGAAAAAGGAUAACCCAUAUUUGGGUGUGUUGUGUUUCCCCUAUCUUAUGCCAUAAAGAAAGUAUUUGUUUCCUUAAUUUAUGAUUAUGAGUACUGUUAUAUCAAGUUUAAGUUGUUACAAUAUGUUUUUCAUAGUGGGAAGAAUAAGAGCGACCAGGAAAUGUGAUGCUCUUGUAUUAUGGUCA